GGCGUGCCCUGCUCGAAACCUUCCUGUAGGUAUAACGCUUGUACGUGUUCUGAUGUUGUCUUCUCCACUCCUCCUUUCCAUGGUAGAACCCUAACUCGCUAUCACUUGCACCCUGCUGAGUGGCUACACCGUUUGCCUGAUUCCCUUUCCUUUGAAGAAGGUUCUCUUUGCGAGCCUCUGGCCGUAGCUCUCGCAGGCAUCGAGCAUGCUGGUCUCUGCCUUGGUGACCCCACUUUGAUCUGUGGCGCUGGACCGAUUGGUCUCGUUUCUCUUCUUUUGGCACGUGCUGCAGGCGCCAAGCCCAUUGUAAUCACCAAUCUGUUCCAGAGCCGCCUCGACUUUGCAAAGAAGCUCGUUACUGGUGUGCGUACGGUACUGAUCGAGCGUGGUUUGAUGCCAAAGGACACGACCCAAAAGAUCAAAGCUGCCGCUAAUGGCCCUGUGAAGGUUGCGAUUGAGUGCAGCGGUGAUUCUCCGCUUAUGCUGCAUGGUACCCAGGUAACGCAAUUUGGUGGAAAGGUGUUCAUCAUUGGUGUCGGCAAGAACGAACAAGUGUUCCCGUUCAUGCACCUGAGU